AUGUGUACAGUUCUGUUGAAAGCUCCUGUGAUUCUGGAUCCAAACACGGCUCAUCCACGUCUCGUUCUGUCUGAUGAUCUGACCAGUGUGAGAGACAGCGGUGAUGAUCAACCUGUUCCUCAUAAUCCAGAGAGAUUUGACUGUGAUCGCUGUGUUCUGGGUUCAGAGGGGUUUAACUCAGGAACACACUGCUGGGAUGUGGAGCUUAAACAGAGUUCUGGUUUUGAUGUUAAACGUAAGAUUGAGCGUGUGAGAGUGAAUCUGGACUAUGACGGAGGAACAGUGUCCUUCUCUGAUCCUUCUGCAAUACUUUCAAUCACCUUCUGCGGUAUAUGCUGUCAGAAAUAUGUGAACGCCAACAUGGAUGAGAAAUCGGUCACUACAGUUCGUCAUGCCAUGAAGGUGCUUGCAAACGGCUCAGAAACCAUGAUCUUCGUAUUCUUGGGUGUUACAGCCAUUGAUACAGAGAUCUGGGUUUGGAACACAGGUUUCAUCCUCCUCACCCUCCUCUUCGUCUUUAUAUACAGGAUCAUAGGUGUUUUCUUGCUCACCUGGAUGUUGAACAAGUUCAGAUUGGUUCCCAUCGAGGUCAUUGACCAGGUUGUAAUGAGCUACGGUGGUCUGCGGGGGGCAGUGGCGUAUGGACUAGCAGCCAUGUUAGACGAAGACAAGAUCCCAGAGAAGAAUCUGAUGAUUAGUACCACACUCAUUGUGGUGUAUUUCACUGUCAUUCUUCAGGGACUAACAAUGAAGCCAUUAGUUCAGUGGCUCAAGGUCAAAAGAGCAGCUCAUUCAGACUUGAAACUUAUUGAGAAACUAAACAAUAGGGCAUUUGACCACAUACUAGCAGCAGUGGAGGACAUUUGUGGACGUAUAGGAGAUAACUGGUGGACCAGAGGUUGGAACAGGUUUGAGGAAAAUUAUAUCAGCUGGUUAUUGAUGAAACCUAAGGCCAGAAGGAACAGAGACUACCUAUUUAGUAUCUUCCACAAACUCAAUCUGGAGGAUGCUGUUAACUACGUCAGUGAGGGUGAACGUCAAGGAUCUCUGGGCUUCAUUCGUAGUGAUGAAGCAGCCAAUGUAGAUUUCAAAAAACAAUUUGGUUCAGAAUUUACAGAUGUGAUGCCUGAUAUAAUGGUUGAUAUGUCAAAUUACGAGCUUGAAAUCGAAAAUCUUUCAGUAACCUCCAUUGUAAAAGACACUAUUCCCUCUGUAUCCCUGGACAUCCAUGGGCAAGACAGGAAAAAUGCGGUGGACGACAUCAAUGCCCAUCAUCUUCUACAGCAGCACCUGUACAGGAGCAGAAAGAAUCAUCGUCACAAAUACAGUCGCAGUCACUUCAGCAUUAACCAGAGUGAGGACGAGGUGCAGGAGAUCUUCCAGAGGACCAUGAGGAGCCGCCUUGAGUCCUUCAAAUCAGCUAAGAUGGGUGUCAACCCUGCCAAAAAAAUUACAAAGCACCACAAGAAGGAGCUUACACACAAGAUGGCUAAUGGACACCCAGACGGUACAGGCCAUCUAUAUGGAGAUGAAGUUGACAGUGCUGUGGGGAGUGAGACUGGUGCUAUCCGUGGUACUUUCAUGAGAGACACGUAUACAGUGGGAGCUGGCAUAGAGAAUCCAGUAUUCUUGCCAGAUAUGGACAGUCCCACUCACAGCAGCCUUCCCUGGCUAAUGGAGACUGAGGCUGUCGCACCUUCCCAGAGGGCCCAGCGACGCCUGCCCUGGACACCCAACAGACUGCGGCGUCUUGCACCCAUGAGGAUCAGCACUUGCUCCACAGACUCCUUCCUGAUGGCUGAUCUGGAGGAACAUGAGGAACAGCCCCAAACAGACCAUGAAAAAAUACGACCAGUCUUUGACUAGAUACUUCAGGGCAAUAAUGCGGCAUGUCACAAAGCACAUCCACA